GGCGCUGGUUCCCUCCGUGGGGGUCAGCUGGGGCGAGUGCCUUGGAUUCUCUCCGUCUCCUGUCGUUCUCCUGUCCCGGGAGCCCGGCGGGCCGGGGACUCCCGUCAUUGCCGGUGCGGGCACCGGCAUGUGGUUGUGGGAGGAACAGGGGGGCCUCCUGGGCCCCUUCUCUUUCCUGCUGCUGCUGGUGCUCCUGGUGACACGCAGCCCCUUCAAUGCCUGCCUCCUCACCGGCAGCCUCUACGUCCUGCUUCGCUUCUUCAGCUUCGAGCCGGUGCCCUCCUCCAGGGCCCUGCAGGUGCUCAAGCCCCGGGGUCGCGUCUCCGUGAUCGCCCACCGCGGUGGCAGCCACGACGCGCCCGAAAAUACCCUGGCGGCCAUCAGGCAGGCAGCUAAGAAUGGAGCAACAGGUGUGGAGUUGGACCUUGAGUUUACAUCCGAUGGGAUUCCUGUCUUAAUGCAUGACACCACCGUGGACAGGACAACCGAUGGGACUGGGCAGUUACGUGAUUUGACAUUUGAACAAAUCAGGAAACUGAAUCCUGCAGCAAAGCACAGGUUGAGGAAGGAUUUUCUUGAUGAAAAGAUCCCCACCCUGAGGGAAGCUGUGGCAGAAUGCCUAGACUCUAACCUCACAAUCUACUUCGAUGUCAAAGGCCAUGCAACUAUGGCUACUGCUGCUCUAAAGAAGAUUUACCUGGAAUUUCCUCAAUUAUACAAUAAUAGUAUCGUCUGCUCUUUCUUGCCAGAAGUUAUUUAUAAGAUGAGACAAACAGAUCACAAUGUGGUGACGGCUCUAACGCACAGACCUUGGAGCCUUAGCUACACGGGAGAUGGGAAACCACGCUUUGAGUCUGUCUGGAAGCAUUCCAUAUUUGUGAUAUUGGACAUUUUGCUGGACUGGAGCAUGCAUAAUAUCUUGUGGUACCUGUGUGGAAUUUCAGCUUUCCUCAUGCAAAAGGACUUUGUAUCCCCGGCCUACUUGAAUAAAUGGUCAGCGAAGGGAAUUCAGGUUGUUGGUUGGACUGUCAACACGUUUGACGAGAAAAGUUACUAUGAAUCCCAUCUUGCUUCCAGCUAUAUCACUGACAGCCUGGUUGAAGAUUGCGCCCCUCAGUUCUAG